AUGCCCAAGAGGAAGGUCAGCUCCGCCGAGGGAGCGGAGAAGGAGGAGCCCAAGAGGAGAUCGGCGAGGUUGUCAGCUAAACCGGCUCCUGCAAAAGUGGAAACGAAGCCAAAAAAGGCGGCGGGAGAGGAUAAAUCUUCAGACAAAAAAGUGCAAACAAAAGGGAAAAGAGGAGCAAAGGGAAAACAGGCGGAAGUGGCCAACCAAGAGACUAAAGAAGACUUGCCUGCAGAAAAUGGAGAGACUAAAAACGAGGAGAGCCCAGCCUCUGAUGAAGCAGAAGAGAAAGAAGCCAAGUCUGAUUAAUAACCACACACUCAGUCCUGUCAGUGGUCCCUGUUUCCCUUCUUGUACAAUCCAGAGGAAUAUUUUUAUCAACUAUUUUGUAAAUGCAAGUUUUUUAGUAGCUCUAGAAACAUUUUUAAAAAGGAGGGAAUCCCACCUCAUCCCAUUUUUUAAGUGUAAAUGCUUUCUUUUAAGAGGUGAAAUCAUUUGCUGG